GAUCAAUCGGCUUGUUCGCACAUUUGCCUAUUCCUCGCAUUGACUCGUUUGACAUUAUAUUUUCUCAACUUGACUGAGCUACAGCACCCUGCACAUGAUGUGGCCCUCUACUGCGACGGCUCUGUUCCUUCUGUUCGCCUCAGCGCAUGCGUCGAUUCAAUCGAUUGCAGCCCCCGAGGUCAUCAAGCCCGGCGACGCAGUGAAUCUGACAAUUGUGAACAACAUCUCACCGGGACAGUAUGACGUAGCCUUGGUGCUUGGGUUCGACCCCAAUUCUCAACUUGAACGCAACAACGUCGGCAUAGCCCUCGACUAUAUAUUGCUCAAGAGCAUGCCGAAUGGUCCAUUCAACCAAACCAUCCACAUCCAUCCCUCCAUGCGUCACGGUCCGGGUACGCUGAGGGCGGGCAUCUUCUCGAUCUACGGGGCUUUGGGGAACAUAGGCGUCUGGGUGUACGAUAUUAACAUUACGCUGGGGGAUGCCACGAGCACCAAGUAUAUCAAAGGUGACUGGUUCAACAUAGAUUGUCUCAUGGGGCGGGGUUGUCCUAAAUGAGGAUUCGAACUUGGCCAGCUGGGGACGGGCCGAAGCUCAUACAUCGCGCAACGAUCUCUGAGAAGGCGCAUUCGUCGUUGCCACAGACAGUAUGUAGUUGGAAAAGACAUGAAAGGGAAACAAGACAGAACGAAUGUUGGUCGGA